CUCCCGCCCUGGCUACAAAUCCGGCCAGGCCGGGCGCGCCUGCAGCCCCGGCCGGCAUGGGCUUCCUGCAGCGCUGCGUGGCGCGGAGCCUCUGGCCCGGCCGGCCCCCCCUGGCCGCCCCCUAUCGCCUCUACGCCGCCGGUAUCCCCGGCUUGCAGGAACGCACCCUGAUAGCGGUGAAGCCGGACGGGGUACAGAGGAGAUUAGUGGGGGACGUCAUCAAGCGCUUUGAGAAACGGGGCUUCAAGCUAGUGGGCCUCAAGUUGCUGCAGGCCAAUGAGGGGAUCCUGUCAGAACAUUACCACGAGCUGCGGAGGAAACCCUUCUAUCACGAGCUGAUUCAGUACAUGACUUCAGGACCUGUAGUGGCCAUGGUGUGGGAAGGUCACAACGUGGUCAAGACCUCCAGGGCCAUGGUGGGAGAGACGAACCCUGCGGAAGCCAAGCCAGGCACCAUCCGUGGAGAUUUCAGCAUUCACGUCAGCAGGAAUGUCGUCCACGCCAGCGACUCUGUGGAGACAGCCCAGCGGGAAAUCAGUUUGUGGUUCCGCAGCAACGAGCUUGUCGACUGGGACUGCUGUGAUCACAAAAUCAUGUAUGAACUCUGAAGGCCUUGCUAGGCCCGGAACCUGUCUUCCGGAUCUGCUACCUCAGCCGGUGUGCGGCCUUUUUGAAGCCAUGAGUGUUGGGCCUCACGGGCUCUGAAUUUGGGGGGUGGGGGGUAUGUGGGAUGGUGUUGCACUUCAGCCACUGUGCCUCUGCUCAGGGGAGUGUGUACCUCACGCAGAACCGCUGCACUGAGUAUGUUGGAAUAACCCAAGUGCCAUUGCUUUGAAAAAAGUUUUUAAGGGUGUUGCGAGAAAACCACAGAAUACUGUUCUUAAAAGAAAUCACAUUAAAACACACACAUGCACACUCA